GAAUAGUGUUCAUUAGCUCUCUGGUUCUCCUGGUAAGUUUAUAAGUGUGACCUUUGGAAUUGAGAUGACCAGGCUUUCAAUUUUUGCAGGGCUUUGCCUGGCAUUAUGUCAUUUUGCAACGGCCGAUCAGAUGGUGUGCUACUUCACCAACUGGUCCCAGUACAGACAAAACGAGGGCAAGUACCUGCCAAAAGACGUGGACCCCUUCCUCUGCACCACCCUAAUCUACGCUUUCUCCAUCAUCAACAACAACAAUGAGCUGAUCACCUAUGAGUGGAAUGACGAUGUCCUCUACAAGUCCUUCAACGGCUUGAAGACCAAGAACCCGAAUUUAAAGACACUGCUGGCGGUUGGAGGAUGGAACUUUGGUUCAACUCGGUUCUCCAUAAUGGUGUCCAAUGCAGCCAACCGUCAGACAUUCAUCCAAUCAUCCAUUAAGUUCUUGAGGACUCAUGGCUUUGAUGGUUUGGACCUGGACUGGGAGUACCCUGGGUCUCGUGGAAGUCCUCCAGAGGACAAGAAGAGGUUCACUCUGCUCUGCAAGGAACUUGUGGCUGCCUAUGCAGCUGAGGCCGCAGCCACCGGUAACAACAAGCUCAUGCUGACCGCUGCUGUGUCUGCAGGGAAAGGAACCAUUGAUGCUGGAUAUGAGAUCGCUGAGGUUGCCAAGUAUCUGGACUUCAUCAACAUCAUGACCUAUGACUUCCAUGGAACCUGGGAGCAAUUCACUGGCCACAACAGCCCCCUCUUCCGUGGUGCCCAGGACAAGGGUGACCUCAUCUAUUUCAACACUGACUACGCCAUGAAGUACUGGAGGGACCAAGGUACCCCAGUGGAGAAGCUGCAUAUGGGUUUUGCUUCGUACGGUCGCACCUUCCGCCUGACAUCGUCUAACACCGGUAUCGGAGCCCCGGCCAGCGGCGCUGCUGCAGCCGGACCCUACACCCGUGAGGCUGGAUUCUGGGCCUACUACGAGAUCUGCACCUUCCUGAAGGGCGCCAAAUUGGAAUGGAUGGAAGACCAGAAAGUCCCCUAUGCUCACAAGAACAAUGAGUGGGUGGGAUUCGAUACCAGGGAGAGCUAUGAGACGAAGGUCCGCUACAUGCAAGAGCAGAAGUUUGGCGGGGCCUUUGUGUGGGCCCUGGAUCUGGACGACUUUAAUGGACAGUUCUGUGGAGAGGGAAUCCACCCUCUGCUAUCACAUCUCCGCACUCUCCUCAAUAUUGAGUUGCCUCCUCUGCCCCCUACCACAACCUCUGACCCCAGCCAAACCACCACCAGCGGCCCAACUAUCCCACCCACCACCACCACCCACGCACCAGGCACAGGCUUCUGUAAUGGAAGACCUGAUGGCCUGUAUCCCAACGAAGAGGACAGAAACCAGUUCUAUGCGUGUGCAGGGGGAGUCACCCACUUCAGGCGCUGUGGGUCUGGCACCAUCUUCAAUGAUGACUGCAAGUGCUGCGUCUGGCCCUCAGUGGGUCUGCAUCUAUUCAUCCGGAGUGCAACGGCAAACAAACUGGUUUGUUAUUUCACCAAGUGGUCGCAGUACAGAACGGGUGUGGGGAGAUACCUGCCGGGGGACAUAGACCCUUGGCUCUGCACACACCUGGUCUACGCCUUCGCAGUGGUCAAUUAUGCCAACGAGAUCACAGAAAACGAGUGGAAGGAACACACACUCUACAGGCAGUUCAAUGAGCUCAAAAACAGCAGUAACCCACAGCUGAAGACUCUCCUGUCAGUCAGAGACGACAGCCAAGGAGCUCAGUUCUCCAGCAUGCUGUCCAGCGAGGCUAGCCGUCAGAGCUUCAUCCGCUCCACCAUCUCAUUCCUGAGGGCUCAUGGCUUCGAUGGUCUGGACCUGGACCGGCCCUUUCCCGUCUCUGGUGGGAGCUCAGCUCAAGACAAGAUCAGGUUCUCUCUGCUAAGCAAGGAGCUCCUAGAGAGUUAUAAAGCUGAAGGACAAGGAAGGCCUCGCCUCCUUCUGUCUGCAGCAGUGACUGCAGACACUGAUGCCAUCGAUUUGGGAUAUGAAAUCCCUGAGAUAUCCAAGUACCUGGACUUCAUCAGUGUGAAGACGCAUGACUUUUGGCGAGGCCCAGACAGAGGGACGUACCACCACAGCCCCCUCUUCUGCGAUUCGCUGGACAAAAACACAAGUGUAGAUUAUGUCAUGCAGUACUGGAUCACCCGGGGAGCCCCAGCACAGAAGCUCCUGCUGGGUCUAGCCUCCCAUGGGCGCUCCUUCACCCUGACCUCCGCUGCAACGGGCAAAGGGGCCCCGGUCAGGGGCCCUGGGAUGCCCGGACCGUACACCCAACAGCUGAGGAUCUGGUCCUACUAUGAGAUCUGCUUGUUUCUCAGAGGGGCGCUUGUCUCGUGGAUCGAUGGUCAAAGUGUUCCAUAUGCUGUUAAAGGGGGCGAGUGGGUCGGCUUUGACAACCAGGACAGCUAUGAUGCCAAGGUGGGCUAUCUUAAGAACCGCAGCUUUGGAGGGGUAGCUCUGUGGACCCUAGACAUGGAUGACUUCACUGGUCAGUUCUGUGGGCUGGGCAAAUAUCCACUGGUGUCCCAUUUAAAAAGGAUGCUCAAUAUAGAACCCCAGUACCCCAUCGCCGUGGUGACACCCCUCCCUCACCAGCACUGCUCCCAGAACAACACCGUUGCGUACCAACGAGAUGGCUUCUGCUCGCGCAAACUGGACGGACUGUAUCUGAGGUCUGAGAACCCAAAGACCUUCUACAGAUGUCUGCUGCGGCACACGUACGUGACGAGGUGUCACACUGAUGCACAGGCUAAUAACAGGGGCGGGGUCAUCAUGGCGAGGGGAGGCGUAGCGCUCGCCAGAGUGGCGGAAGCAGCGUUGCUGCACAUGUUUUUUGUGUGGAGCCCCUGGUGAAUCUGUCGUUGUGGG